AGGUAGUCCGGGCGCAGUUCUGGUAGACAUCUCUCGGCGCUACCGAAAUCGUGGCGACUUGCAAAGGCGAAGAAUGGGACUUGUGCGAUCGCGAGCCAUUUUUACCAUAGCAUGAAGAACAAGUGUUUCUCCAAUGGUGUGGCUUUUUGUCUUUCAUUGUUUUAUAAGGACCCCUCCAAAGAGGCUUCUAAAUAUUUAUCAUUGAGCCAGUGAUUUUGGAAGCAACUCAGGUCACUGGGACCAAUUAGCAUACUCUCACAGCAAGAAGCUAGGAUAUCUGUCUACAUCUAUGAGAGGUACCCUUCCAGCAAAGGAGGUAUCCUUCCAGAUCUCAUCAAGUGGAUUGGUAGAACUCAUCAAAUCGACCAAGGAUUCCCCUGAUCACUUACCUUAUACAAGUGGAUUCACAGAGAAGUUCUGUCCAAGGUCCUGGUUGAAGAUAGCUCUAUGAACUGAAAAGAUCACUGGUGUUGCAAUUUAGUCCCUGGAAUGGCCCCACAGAAGACAGCAUUGGCUUCAACUUGCUUUCCUCCAGUAUCCCCAUACUACUUUUGACCAGGUUUCCAUACACCUUCUCCUACUGGGAGAUCUCACUCUGCAACAGCCCUUCCUUCAGCUUACUUGAUCUUGGAACCCAAAAUUCACAAGUAAUAAAGAAGUAUUUUAAAAUGGUGGAACAAUGCUGUCCUUGGUGCUGAAGACAUUGUCCUUCUUGGGGUAAGAAUGUUCUGAGACAAGAAAAAGGAACAUCUUUCCAGCUCUGAAGUCAGAGUAACUAUUGUCUUCAAUGGCCAGAUACAGUCUUCAUGGAAGCAGGCAAUGAGCCAGAGGAGAGGCAGAGAAUAGACAUGACUGUGCUCCAAAGCUUCUCCUGUGAUCUGUGGCUUUUUCUAGACUGUGGUUCAAGGGGAAUUGGCAAAGAACAUCCAAGGAGAAGACAUCUGAUAUCAGGUCAUUAGCAAGGAUUACUAGAUGGGAAGAUCAAGAAAAUUCCAUAGGCGUAGUAAACCUGGAUUUCAUCAUGGCAUUUGAUGAAGUCUUUCAUGUGGACAGGAUGGAAAGGUGUGGGCUAAAUUAUCGUAUAGUCUGGUGGAUAUGGAAUUGGUUCAGUGACUGGACUCAAAGAAUGAGUUGAGGGAGAAAGAAUGGACAUGGGUCUUGGUCAUGCAGUGGACAACAGCAGACUUCCUCUGGUUAUCUCAACAGUCCUGGUGCCACUUCAGAACAACAGCCACCCCAAGACAUCGAUGCCUCUGAUAGGUCGUGAUAUGACAGAAUUAUACAAGGAACACAAACUGGAAAGAAACGACACCAAUUUAGCAUAUGAACCAAUGCCGGGAGAAAUCGCCACAGUCAGCGUGAUUUUUGGGAUUCUGUGGUUGUUUUCUGUCUUUGGAAAUGCUCUGGUUUGCUUGGUCAUCCAUAGGAGCAGGAGGACUCAGUCCACCACCAACUACUUCGUGGUUUCAUUAGCAUGUGCUGACCUCCUCAUCAGUGUGGCUAGUGCUCCUUUUGUGUUACUGCAGUUUACAUCUGGUAGGUGGACCCUGGGUAGUGUCAUGUGUAAACUAGUAAGAUACUUUCAACACCUCACACCAGGGGUACAGAUCUAUGUGCUCCUUUCCAUCUGUAUAGACAGGUUCUAUACCAUAGUCUACCCUCUGAGCUUCAAGGUGUCCAGAGAAAAAGCCAAGAAAAUGAUUGCAGCAUCUUGGAUCUUUAACGCUGCCUUUAUGUCCCCUAUAUUCUUUUUCUAUGGCUCCAGUUGGGAUCAUCACUGUAAUUUUUUCCUCCCUUAUUCUUGGGAUGGGACUGUCUAUAGUAUUAUUCAUUUUCUGGUGGGUUUUGUGAUUCCAUCAUUCUUCAUCAUCAUAUUCUACCAGAAGGUCAUCAAAUAUAUUUGGAGGAUAGGCAUUGACAGUCGAACGGUGAAGAGGACGAUGAACAUCGUUCCAAGGACAAAAGUGAAAACUAUCAAAAUGUUCCUGAUGUUGAAUCUAAUAUUUUUGCUCUCUUGGCUUCCUUUUCAUGUGAUCCAGCUAUGGCAUCCCCAUGAAAGAGACUAUAGGAAAAGUUCCUUGGUUUUCACAGUGAUCACUUGGAUAUCAUUCAGCUCCUCAGCCUCCAAGCCUACCUUAUAUUCCAUUUACAAUGCCAACUUCAGGAGAGGGAUGAAGGAGACUUUUUGUAUGUCCUCAAUGAAAUGCUACCGAAGCAAUGCCUAUACUAUCACAACCAGUUCAAGGGUGGCCAAAAAAAAUUAUGUUGGCAUUUCAGAUGUCCCUGUCACAGCCAAAACUGUAACCAAAGACUCAAUAUAUGACUCAUUUGACAGGGAAGCCAAGGGAAAAAAGCUUGCUUGGCCCAUUAAUUCAAAUCCACCAAAUACUUUUGUCUAAUUCCUCUCCAUUCUUUUGAUAACUAUGAUGCACCAAAUAGACUAAAAAGCUUUAAAACUUCAGGAAUGGAUGGAUAUUUACUCUUUUGCGUACAAAUUUGAGGGGGAAAUGUUUUAUUUUGUUAAGAUGCAUUGAUUUAAUUGUAAUAUGACUUUUUUAAUAAUUUUAGUUACUUCCUAGUUUUUUGAGGUUCAUUCACGUUGGAAUUUUUGUUGACUGUACUUUAUGGAUAUGAAGUAGAUUGUAUUGAACAUAGUCCAUUAACAGUUUAAAAAACUCAUAAACCUAGCCAAGGCCAUAUAAUACACAUAAAGAUACUUUUUUAAAGUGUUACUUUUCUUUUAUAAAAAAGCGUUUUGCAACUCUAGGGCUUCCAUCAUAUGGUUUAGUUUUCACUUUUCACAGGUCUGACUUCUAUGAGAUAACCCCAGGUUAAUGUUGUUUACUUGCCUUAUGAAACCGACAUUCUUCCAGAUACUCCCAUUUGGAUUCACAGUGGGAAUCAUGGAUGACUUUGGAAAACAGCAUGUGCCCUUAUUCAGUAAUCAGUUUUGACUCCAGAUUUUUGAUCUACUUCUUACUUUCUAAUUCUUUCUUAUCUAAGGCAAUUGGCGAAGCCCCAACAGCUUUAGCAAUCAAUAAUUUCUUCCCAAUUGUUU